AUGGCCGAUCGAGCAACUGGACCUCUAGCUAUUCAAUUAAAAGAAAUAUUAUAUUUAAGACUCUUAAGCCUUUCGGAAGGACUAGAUGACGAGAUAUCGAGCAUCUCAUUUGACUUAAAUAAGCUAUUAUACGCAAAGCUCGAUAGUAAGAUUACGGCUCGAGCAAUAGUAAAGGACUUCUUAAACGCAAAUCUCGAUUCGAAGUGGACCGCCGAAAACCUUACGGACGACGAAGAUAAUACGCCUCAACUACUUCCAGCACUUUUACGAAGUCCAAAAAGGAAGGAAAAGGAGACCUCAGGCAAAAAAGAAGAAAAGGAGGAGAUUCGGAGGUUACGCGAAGAGUUUGCGAAAGAGAAGAAGAAUAUAAAGCAAAAUAUAAAGAUUUCCGUGCCUAACUUCAGCAACCCGAGAAAAGAAUUCAGCAACCCGAAAAAAGGAUCUAGCACCUUCGGACGUACCGACAAGCUCUUUAGAUCCCUUAAUAAGUUACGUAUCGACAAAAAGGAUAUCAAAGGUAUAAGAAUCGUUAAGAACGCGCUUAAAGCGAUCUUAGCGAUGACCGACGAAAAGGAAACGGGAAAGAUUAAUAAAGAGAUCGAAGCUACGGGUACGAAAAAGGGAUUCGAAAACGGACCUUUAAAAGACCUCGGAUUCGGAAAUGAGCCUUUUAAAGACCUUAGAAAAAGACGGACCACCGGCAACUAUAUCGAUAAUCUUUUACCGAUCAGACUAUUAGCUAAGCAUAGCACGCUUGCGUACGGCACUUUAAGCGCUUUUAACGACGAUAGCGAUGACUUUCUUAAGCUAAAAGCAGCAGACUUUUACUUAAGAGCGAAAGAUCGAUACGGUUUGACUUCUGACGAUUACUUAGCGGCGUUCUUUAUUAUGCUUACGAAAGAAGCUAUUACAUUUUAUUAUAAUUACGUUAUUAAAGCUAAGCUUCCGACGUUUAAAGCAAACGCUAUUGCUGUAAAAGACCACUUCGAAACCGACUACCGGCGGCAAACUACGAUUGCACGAAUAAACCUUGCGUUUACUUUUACCGCCGCAAUUGCCGAUAUCCGCCGAGCAAUUGCAUUUGCAACUGAGACCUCUCGACCUCCCGCUAAAGCGAACCGCCAAUACUUCGGAAGUAAGAAAGUUGCCAAGGCUAUUAAAGAUAAGAAAAGGUGUUUUGUUUAUAAAAAGCUAGGUUGCUGGAGCACCAACUAUACCUUCGACGAGCGCAAGGCUUCCGUCGCUAAGUUCUAA